AUGACUGAUUUGCGAAGCAUUGUGGGUCAACUGGAGGCAUGGUUGGAAGAAGUACGCAUUCUACAUGGCGAACUUCUGCUUGCACCAGCUACUGACGGAGAAAAAUCGCAACAGCUUCGUACCAUAAUGGAGAAUUUCCGAGCAACAUCUAUGGUUGCACGGGAGAAGAUAAAAAGACUAGACAAGGAAGUGAACAGCAAGUCACAUCCAGAUGACUCUAAAUCCGUGGACUCCCGAAUAAAACGCAAUCAGGUUCGCGGCCUGACGCGAGCCCUUCACGAUGUGAUGUGGAAGUUCAACGAAGAAGAGGAGAACUAUAAGGAACGAUGUAGAAAGAAAAUAACUGAUUACUUGAAAAUACAGGACAUCACGUUGACGGACGACGAAAUAAGUGAUGCUAUCGAUAACGGUGACAUAUUUGAGAGAACGAAGGGCAUACUUCUCGCAUACAGUGACAAGAAGGCACUUUUUGAGGACGUUAAAAUGCGACGUGACGAGUUGUUCGAAAUUGAGAAGGUCAUCAGAGAGUUGGGUGAAAUGUUCGUGGACCUGAACAAUUUGGGCGAAAUGCUUGAUCGAAUCGAGACGAAUAUUGAAGAUGCAGUGGAUUAUGCUGAGAAAGCUAAACAGAACGUAAAAGAUGCACGAGAUCUUAUGAAAAGGGCUAGAAAGGUAUGUUCAUUUGUUUUUCUUUUAGUCAAGCGAAGACCAUUCUUUUAACA